AUGAAAAACCUCCUGACUCCCAAUCACCUCGCCGCCAUCUGGGCCGGCGUCUUUCCCCUAUCAGAUGCCAGCGGACCUCCCCAGCAGUGGAUCGACCUUCACUCGAAGUCAGUCGUCUACAACGACCACGCCUUCCAGGUUCAGCGCCAAGGGCACGCCGGCAUAGCGGAUCACGUCGGGAUGUGGAAACAUGCGAACCCCAACUUCGAAAUGCGCGUUGAGCUCGUCUGGCAAGAGCUGGAAAAGAACGGGAAAGUUCACGUGACUUUUGCCUUUGUCGGAACCGGAACGUAUACGAACGACCUGACGAGCCAGUUCAAGGCCAGCGGAAAGACGUUCCGCUAUCGAGGAAGAUUGGACCUGACUAUAAACGAAGAUGAUGGGCUUAUCGAGGUUGUGGAUGAGUAUUAUCCACUUCACUUUGACGCGGGAACAUCGAUUGAUGACUAUCGGAAGCGCGAGGAAGACAAUGAGUUCAAGGCCUAA